GACGUCACAUGUCCGGAAAUGACCCCCGUCUACUUCGUAGCAUGAGAAAGCAGGGAAUGAUCUCCUCCACUAUCCUGCAAGCCUUCCCUGAAUGAGUCAUCCAGCCGGCCGCUCAUUGGACAGGCGGACGCCGUCCUGAGGGAUUGCCUUGCAAUAGCGGCAACGGCGGCGGUGGCAGCGGCGGCACAGCGGAGUGGCCUUGCUUCCAUUCACAGAAACGUUGGAAGUGAUUUGCAGUGUUCAGCAAGCCUUUUGUUGAGAAGGUUUUCUCACACCAGUGAGUCAUGCUCCAGCUCUGAGCCGGCAGCACCUAGGAAGGAAGGCAGCAGCCAGUUCCAUUCUGUUGCCAUCACCUUCGAUGUGAUUUGCAGAUUUUUGCUUGAUUUUUGGCUGGCUAGAAAUCAUCAUCGUUAUCGUAAGCAGCAGCAGCAGAAGCAUCACCACUGGAAACCAAAACAACAACCUCUCCAUCAUCCUCUGGUUCGUUUCCAUGGAUUUCCACUGUGUUUUUUCCCUCUUGACUGGAUUGAAGCGCCAGAUUUUACCGAUGAGGAUUUGAGAGAGGUGGAUUGCGAUUGCUACGAAGUGUUUACUGCCACCGCGGCCACGUCUGCAGCUGCCAUGUUACAGGAGAGGGUAAUCAUCGCGGCAAGGAGCCGGGUGGUGCAUGUCGCUUGAGGCGUCGCGAGAGAGCAGAGGCGAAGGGUAUGCUUCACCGCACUAAAUACAACCGUUUCAGGAAUGAGUCAGUGACUUCUGUCGAUGACAUCGUCCACGGCCUGUCCAUGAACCCCAAGGUGUCAGCCGGCCCCGAGACGCCUUACGCUCCCUCGGCCGACGUCCAGCCGGCGGCUGCCUCCAACGGUGCCGCCGCUGCCGAUGAUGGUGGUACGCCCUUGUGCACCCUUAUCAACAAGGUGUCCAACCUGAAGUUCAGCAAUUCAGGCAGCCUACUUGGCAUCAAAAAUCUGCCCUCGGCAGUCAAGGACCUUGCGGUGGCCAGGCUGCAGGGCGGCGGGGGUUCGGGGUUGACCCCGGGAGCGGCGACUGCAGGGGCGGCGGCCAGCCUCUCGACACUGGAACCUGUUGCGUACGUGAACAAGAAGAGCAGGCUGGACGAGCUUCCUCCCGGCGGGGAGGAUUGGAACCCCGGCUGUGGUGGACCGGUGGACAAACCCUUCAGAGGGUGGCUGCACUCCAGUGAGAAGAUCUCUGGCCCAGGAGUGACGUUCGUCGUUAAGUAUCUGGGUUGCAUUGAAGUGCUGCGAUCAAUGAGAUCUUUAGAUUUUACUACACGAUCACAAAUAACAAGGGAGGCCAUCAGUUUUGUUUGUGAGGCUGUUCCGGGGACCAAAGCAGCUCUGCGGAAGCGAAAGCCACCAUCCAAAGCUCUGUCCAACAUCCUGGGGAAGAGCAAUCUGCAGUUUGCCGGCAUGUCCAUCAACCUCAACAUCUCCACCUGUAGCCUCAACCUUAUGACGCCAGACUGCAAACAGAUCAUAGCCAACCAUCACAUGCAGUCCAUCUCCUUCGCAUCCGGUGGAGACCCUGACACCACUGACUUUGUCGCCUAUGUGGCAAAGGAUCCCGUGAACAGAAGAGCCUGCCACAUCCUGGAGUGCUCAGACGGGCUGGCCCAGGACGUGAUCAGCACCAUUGGCCAGGCCUUCGACCUUCGCUUCCAGCAGUAUCUGCAGUGUCCUUCCAGCAAGCCUUCUUCCACACACGACAGGGUGUUCAGCGUGGAGGAGUUUCCGUGGACGGAGGAGGAGGACGAGUCCACGGAGCAUCCCUACUACAACAACAUCCCCGGGAAGGUGCCGCCACCUGGAGGCUUCGUCGACACGCGGCUGACCAAUCAGAAUGCGCCCUCGGAUGGAAGCCAGAGUGGCUCAAACUCUGUGGAUCAGAACUAUUACCAAGGGCGACAUUGUGGAGAAAACUGGACAGAAGAGAGGAAACCCAUCUUCAUACAACAAGGGUCCUUGGAUACCAGCAGUGAGAGCAAAGGUCCGGUGACAAAAGCGGGCGAGAUGCCCACGUACAUGAACACCCAGCAGAUCGACGAGCAGGUGCUGGCGGCCCUGCAGGCUGAGGCGGAGCAAAUGAAUAAGGGUGCGGGGGCCGCGGCCAGGGAAAACCAUCAGACGGAUCUGUUUGACAUGAAACCCUUCGAGGACGCCAUCCAGUCGCAGCCACAAGCACCUUCGCAAGUAUCAGUCCUGCACAAGGCCACAUCCGUGGACAACUCAAGUCCGCUUCUGGCACGUUCCAUCGCCUUCCGGGCACAGGAGGAGCUGGAAGGCCAGGCGUGGUACCGCGGCAAGAUGAGCCGGCGCGAUGCGGAAAAGCUGCUGCGCGACGACGGGGACUUCCUGGUGCGCAAGAGCGCCACCAACCCGGGCUCGUACGUGCUGACCGGCAUGCACAACGGAACGGCCAAGCACCUGUUGUUGGUGGACCCUGAGGGGACGGUUCGGACAAAAGAUCACGUGUUCGACAGCAUUAGCCACCUGAUCGGCCACCACCGCGACAACAACCUGCCCAUCGUGUCCGCUGGGAGUGAACUGUGUCUGCUGCAACCGGUCAUAUGGAAGCAGUGACCCCACCCCCACCCUCGAGGAAACGGGAAACUCCAAACUUUCCUACCUGCCAUCUCAGAAACUUGAAGCGUGAGGGAAGCUGCUGAAACGAAACGCCUGGGGGAAAAAAAGUAACAUUUAUAAUAGAACUGUUAUUUUAUCGUGAUGACUGAAAUGCUAUAUUUUUGUGAAGACUUGUAGGACACACAUGAUAUCUUGAUUUGGUGUUUCAAACGAUAAUACGUUCUCGUAGUUUCGACAAAUGAAGCCUCGACGAGGUGUGGACCACAAUAUUUUAAGAGUAUGAAAGCUACAAAUGUUACUUUUUGUCUGUCAAGCACAAUUUCUACAUUUCUACUGCUAUACAAAAAACAACAACAAAAAAACGCCGGAGCCCCAAACACAAAAGCUGUUAAAAAAAUGUCGCUUUUUCGUCUUCGGAACGCUAAUCCGCAUCCUUUAUUGUGCUCUCCGUGGCUUAAAGAUUGUUAUUUUCAAAUUGUUUCCUUGCCGCAAAGGAGUAACGGCCACGUCGGAAAGACAAAUAUGUUUUUAAAAAGAGAAAAAAGUUGUAAUAUUACCAGCCUUUAUAAAAUGAUUCAAUUUUCACAAAAAUAUGUCUUUGCGUUUUGACUGUAGUAAGUCAUAUUCCAAAUGAAACGCUUAUUCUUUUUCUUUAAUGUUACAAAGUCAAUGGCCCAAAUAUUUAAUGCAAUAUUGCAUAUUUAAAAAUAUUCAGCCUUCUCUUCCUCCUAAAAUGUAUUUUUUCCCUCUUCAUAAAAAUCUUUCAUUGUUCUUGCUUUAUUACAAUUAAAGUUUAUUAUGAUAAAAUUGCAUUUUUUUAUUACAAAGCACUCUUAUUUUCUUCAGGUAAUAUUACAAUUUUUUUCUCUUAUUACAAAUUUAAAAAAUUUGCACUUUGAGAAAAAAAUCUACACUCUGAAUAUUUUUUUUUCUUUCUGUGAGGUUUCAAGGGGGGAAAAAGUUGGAAUGUUAUGAAAAGGAAGCCUUAAUACUGCCAGAAAAAAAAAAAUCCAUAUAUCAAGAGAAGGAGUAAUAUUACAAAAAUGAGCCCUGAAACUAUUAGCUCUAUGUAUUUAUUCUUAAGACGUGUUUAAAAUUCUGAGAAUGUAGUCACAACUUUAUUCUUGCAAUAUUAGGACUUUGAAUUAUUUGUGUGUGUGUGUGGGGGGGGGUUUACAUGAGUUUCGCAAUUUUAUGACUGUUCUUGAAAAACGUGUAUUGUUUUUCACAGACUGCAAAUUAAUUUUCUCUACAACCUUUUUUUAAAUAUUAUAUUACACAUUCCUUUACAAAUGAUUUUAUAGUAAGACUUUAUUUCUUUACUAUUACACCAAAACAGGUUACUUUAUGCUUGCAGACAUGACAGCUAUGUUUCUUGUAAAAUUCAUUUAUUGCUUGGUGCACCUGGUAACAGCAUCGGCCUCACAACUCUGAGGAAUGGGGUUCAAAUCCUGGCCCCGCCUGUGUGGAGUUUGCACGUUCUCCCCGUGCCUGCGUGGGUUUCCUCCGGGCAAUCCGGUUUCCUCCCACAUCCCCAAAACAUGCUACAUUAAUUGGAGACUCUAAAUUGUCCCUAGGUGUGAUUGUGAGUGUGGCCCUGCAAUUGGCUGGCAACCAGUUCAGGGUGUACCCUGCCUCCUGCCCGUUGACGGGUGGGAUUGGAUCCAGCACUCCCGUGACCCUCUCGAGGAUAAGCGGCUCAGAAAAUGGAUGGAUGAAUGGAUAUUUAUAAGGUGUAGUAAAAUGAAAACAUUCUCAUUUCCUUUUUAAUGUGAGCUCAUUAGCCACUUUAUCUGCAAUCAUGACUUUUGUCUCAUUUACAAAGUGACACUUUCUUGGAGUAUUAUAACUUCUCAAGUUAUCACUCCCCCUUUUUUUCACUUUGCAAACAACCCCCCACCCCACACACACAAACACAAUAUGAUGACUAUUCUUGAAACAUUUUCACUUAUUUUCCCCUUGUAAUAAUAUGCAUUUAGUCUUGUGAAAUGACAAAUGUAUUCUCAUGGACUACUUUUUCGUGAUGGAAUUGGUUUUCUUGUAAAAUUGCAACUUAAAUCCUACAAAUGUGUAAUUUUUUUGGGGUCAUUUUCAUAUAUUUGGGACGUCGUUGUGCUUUCACCACUGGCGAGUCUUGCGUAUGCUAACCCUGCCAAAUAAUCCCACUUUGAUUUGCACAAUUUGGCUUCUUUAAUCGGUGUCAGUGAUUGGUUGGGGUACUAUUUUCAUGACCACAUGUGAAUAGCACAAUCCCAGUGAUGAAUGAGACGUUGUUUGUUUUCUCACCAAAGAGACAGAAAAAGCAGAAGCAGUACCAGACUUUCUCCUCGAAUUUAGCCUCAUUUCCUCUCAGUGGUAGCAAAAACACGAUUUCUCAAUUCAUUAUCAAUAGCAAAUGGAUGGGGGUGCGUUCAAGUGCAGUUGAACCAAAAUCAGCAAGCCUUUCAAUGGGUUUUGAUGACAUGAAACGCAAAGCCUGUAUUUUUGCUGCAAGGGCUAGUCGACAGUAUGAGUUUGUCACAUAAUGCGUCCAUUCAACAGAACCGACUGAUGCCGGAAAAUUUUAGCGUCGGAAAAUGGGUCACUUUAAUCAUAUAUAUAUAUAUUUAAAGAUAUUGAUUUUUUUAAUUUUUUUUAAUCAGGACAACCAUACACGUGGAUGUCAAAUUAGUAUAUGCUCAGUAAUAAAUACAACCUUGAUAUAAAAAGUUUCCACAUCUCAAUUUAGAUGCUAGGUUUUUGUCAUAAAAAAUGAGACCAACAUAAAUUCAAAACUUCCAUUAUUAACACGACCUAUACGCUGUACAAAAUCUUUUCAUGAGAGGAGGGAAAAAAUAUAUAAUUAAAUACAGUGAGUAUGAAUAAACUAAGAGUGUAAUGUGGCCUUACAAGUGUGCACACCUUAUAGCAACUGGGAUGUGGCUGUGUUCGGAAAAUCUCCCACAUGGAUAAAUGUUAUGGUUCAGUCAAAACAAGGGUAGAAUUUUUUGAACCACAAUUUUAAAACUGAUUUUUGGCACAAACACAAAGCUACCGAUCACCAAAAGAACACGAUACCUACAGUGAAACAUGUUGGAAGAAGACUCAUGGUUAUGGGCUCUUAUUUAUUUUGUAUUUUUUUUUUUUUUUUAGAUGAAACUGCAGACUUAGUCUAGGUGGAGGGAAUGGUUUGAUAGUUCCAAACAGCAGUCAGUGUAAGCGCAGUGUCAUUAAAAGCCUACAAGAAGAGCAGAACUUUCUUUGGGCUUAAUUGUAGGCUCUUGAAAUAGUGGCCGGUAUGUGCUGACUCCAUUUUAACACCAGUUUGAAUGUGCUUAAUUGUGAAAACAAUUAAAAGAGGCUGUGUGACCACAGACCACAUUACUCCCCCCAUGAAUAAAUAAAUAAAAUAAAAUUAUAGGUUAUAGGCCUCAAUUGCAGUGGAAAAAUACUUUUUGGUCUUAAAAAAAUAUCAAAAAUCUGAACAAGGUUGUGUAGACUUUUUUUUUUUUAAUCUACUCUGUGUGUAUAUACAUCCAAACCCCAAAUAAUGAUUACCCCCACUCACAGACCUUUUCCAGAGAUUUCAGUUCAUCUCUAUUUGAAAAAUGAAGGAUGGGAAAACGUUUUUUUUUUCAAAGAACUGAUGUAAUCUUCUACAUUAACUAAUUACUUUAUUAGGACUGAGUUAAUCAGGUUCUAAAUCAAACAAACCAAAUGUCAACCUUUUUCUUGAAAUGGGCAGUGAUGGUAUGAGAGAAAAAGAAAAAUACUCCAAGCAAACAAUGGGAAACAAUGAACAUCUUUCUUUAGUGAGGUUUCUGUUGAUGAAAAUGUGCCUUUUCUUUGUAGACAUCACUGGAUGUUGCCCCCCAUCCCUUCACCCCCACCCUCCUUUUUCUAAGUGCAAUAGGUGAUGUUCAAUAUGGAGCAUGCCUGUUCUCCACGUGUGGAGUUUGUGUUUUGGCCCUGCUGUGUGUUGCUGCCACCCUCGCCCCUUCUCUUAUUAUCAUUAUUAUUAUUAUUAUUGUCAUUAAUAGCUACAAGUAGUGUAAAUGCAAUUUAUUUAACCCCACACUAUACAACUUGAAUCACACAAGUGGUCACUAUUUUUGCUAUAGUAAAUGGAGAAAGUGAGAGAAACAAGGUCAUAAAAACAAAAAGUCUAGAUGUUUACAGAUUUAAUCUUUUGGUUGUACUGGUUUGACAUUAUUCUGUAUGACUGUUGGCAAUAAAACCGUGAAUGUGUAGAACCUCUGCUUUCUAGUACACUAUAUAAAAAAACCCAACAAGAACUGAAGCUAGCCAUGCAGUUUUCGAUUUAUCUAACAUGUAUUUCCUUUUUUUAAAAUCUAUUUAAAGAUUUGUACAAUUUUUUAAACAA